GGCCCCAGCGGCCGCGAGCACGGGAGGAUGGGCUGCGGCGGGAGCCGGGCCGAUGCCAUCGAGCCGCGCUACUACGAGAGCUGGACCCGGGAGACCGAGUCCACCUGGCUCACCUACACCGACUCGGACGCGAUGCCCAGCGCCGCCGCCCCGGACAACGGCGGCCCCGAGGCGGGCGGCCUGCACGCGGGUGUGCUGGAAGACGGCCUCUCCUCUAACGGCGUCUCCCGACCCACAGUCCCGGGUGGAGCAGCCAACCCUGAGAAGAAGAUGAACUGUGGCACUCAGUGCCCCAAUUCCCAGAGCCUCGGCUCAGGCCCUCUGACCAGGAAACAGAAUGGCCUUUGGACCACAGAGGCUAAAAGAGAUGCUAAGCGAAUGUCUGCAAAAGAAGUCACGAUCAGCGUUACAGAGAACAUCCGACAGAUGGACAGAAGUAAACGAAUCACGAAGAAUUGCGUCAAUUAGUAGAGUGUCUGGACACAGAAGCAGAUGAACUUCUUUGGAGGCCUUUGUGGCACUGGAUUGCACCAAGGAACCUUGAGGAAGCAGGUGCCUCUUGCUACUGAGCGAUGGUUUGACCUGCAGCUACCUGCGCUGUUGGGACCUCCUGUUUAUCACAUAUAGUAGAUGUACCAAACAGUCCUGAAAUAUGUUACUUGCCAAAAUGUGGUUUGGUUUGUCCCUUUGCAGCAUCUGUAGCAGGGGUCUUCCAUAGCUAUGGUAAGCCAGGGUUUGUGACACAUAAAGGCAGGAGGAAGGAAUUUCUUGGUGGAAAGAGUCACACCUCAGUGAAAACUUCUCCUGGAUUGACAGUGUAUGAUUUCAGUCAAGCUCAUUCUUUCUUUUUCAAUACUGUCAUUUACAAAAUUUGCUGUCUUCGCAUAAAAGUUGGCUUUCACCCAACUCUCAACCCAGAAAUUUGAGAACUGGAGAAACAGGAAAACUCCCUGCCAUUCUUGUCUCCUUAAUUCGAAAUGAGACUGAUUGAACCCAGUUUCACACACACACUGGCUCCACCAGCCCGAGGAUCUCUGGGAGGUCUCUGCAGCACAGUCCCACACCUGGUCCUCCUCUACCUGGAAAGGUCUGCUACGCUGAUGUCUGUUCACUUGCUUCCCAACCACAGCGUCACAGUCUUUGUGACCUGUGCACCUAACCUGCCAUGCCCUCCAGGGCUCAACCAGACACUGCAUUUUCUUUCAUAGUUUUAUAGUUCCCUUUGUAUUCUUGUGGGUUUUGUCCUUCUUAUUCAGGCCGUUGUCCAUUGUAAUUAGAGAACUGGACACCACUCACAGGAGGGAGGCGGCCCAGGAACAUGUGGCGGCACACGUGGCACCCCCAUGGCCUCUCUGUACAUAGCCUCAGGACUACGUUAUUUUGGUAUCUGCAAAGUAAUUACUUUAGAAAGCCACAACCUGGUUGAUAUGUAUUCACACUGACAUUAGAGUGAGAGCCACUGUGCUGGAAAACAGGCAGCCAACACAGUGAACUGAUGUUUCAGUAGGAAUAAUUUUCUCUCACUUUUUAAAAACAUGUUCAGAUGAACACAUUUGCCUGCAAUAUAACAUAGCAAGAGUUUUAAAGGAUUGCUAACAUGCUUGGAAUUUGGGAAAGGUAGAGUUCAUGUUGUGCCAAACUGAACCAAUAAACUAUAUUUAGCAGCAAUAGGCAGUCAAAAGAUACAUGUUUAUACAACGCAGUGCACAGAAGUAACCUAGGCAGGUUAAAAUGCAGAUAUUCACCCUUUUCUCCAGCAUUAUUUCCCAAACAUAAGAAGUAGUGUUCUUCAUUCUUUGGGUUUUUUUUUUUUCAUGGUAGAUUGUAUAUUUAUUCAUUCAGUGCCAACCUCAUGCCAGCUACUGUAACCGAUGUUGAAGGAUUUGGAGUCUGGCCAGUCAUGAUUGUAUAUCCCGACUCUUUAACCGUGAACUUGCUACUCAGGAGACUGACUCAGACCCUCGGGCUUGGUGAACUGCUCUGCGGUGGAAUCACACUUUCAUGUUAAAGAUAGAUUUCUGUCAAAUCACAGAUUAGUUGUUCUGAUCACUGUACGAAGCCUUUACCAUACACAACCACCACAGCUCCAAGAACUCUAUCAUUUUGACUCCUUGUUAAAGGGCUUCUAGGGAACUUCAUGUUCUGACAAUUUUAAAAAUAAAAUAAAUGCAAACCCUGUGACUCCUAUGUCCCCAGUGGCAUUGCUCAGCAGGAGCCCUGCUGCAAGGUUGGCAGCCAUCCUGCGAGUUCAAGGGCUUGUUCUCCAGGGCAUGUGCGCUGUGUUUAGACUUGUCGCUUCACCAGUUGAUGUGCUGUCAGCCACGGGCGGAGCCCAGCUUCUCUUUCCAACUCUGUUUGCCUCAGUUCACUGCUGCACGUUAUUUAGAAUUUAUCAUCUUGAAAGGUUGGCACAUAUAGAGACACUUUCUCACUUUGAGGGGAGAGGGAAUAGAGGGUCUAUGACCUUGUCCUCCCCAGAAUAAUCUGGAUUUCACUGAGACAGUGGCUGGAAGUUAAGCCAUGUCACUAAAAGCACAUCUGGACUUUUGUUUUUAAUGUGUUAAGACAGGAAUGGAUUCCUACUAUCCUUCUGGGAAUAACACUUUCCAUUGCAAAGUUUGUGUCAAUAAAGUCAUUAAUUGCAAACAUA